AUUCUCUCUCUCCUUUCAAAUCUAUUUUCUGCCUUCCAGCCGUUUUCUCGUCCUUUUCUUGCGAACCAACACAACCUAAAGGCUUAAGGACUUAUAGCCUGUCUGUCCUCCACUUGGUCUCUCCUGUCACCUCCCGCUGUUCCUUAAACCCCAUUAGACCAGAGAGGUGCGAAACUGAACAGGGAAAGCUGCAUGGUCUAAUGUUUUUCAGUCGAAUUUCCCGCCAGAAAUUGAAGCUCUCCAUCACUCUCAUCUCACCCCGUCUUUUCUCAUCCUCAAUCCCUUCUUCUUCAAAGCUCAAAGAGUACUCAUUCAAACCCCCAGUCUCUCUUGGUGGGGGAGGGGGAGGACAACCUUAUCAAAACCCUAACCCCAACGGUAACCUUGAUGCCGGAAACGAAUUCAAGCAGAACAAUAAGAAGAAGCAGAAACCCUUGUAUCGCCCACCAUCUUCGCUGGAUCGCACUGGUUUAAAGCCGCUGCAUUCUGAUAUACCCUUCGAUUUCAGGUUCAGCUACACGGAGAGUAGUCCUAUAGUAAGACCGAUUGGAUUGCGUGAGCCCAAGUAUUCCCCUUUCGGGCCUGGUCGGCUUGACCGUCCCUGGACUGGGGUCUGUGCUCCUGCUAUUGAUCCGACUGUGAAGUCUGUGGACGAGAAUGCCGAGUUGGAGUUGGAGGAGAAGAGGCGGAAAUGGAGAGAGACGAUUCAAGGGGAGCCUCUCACUGCUGCUGAGAGGAAAAUUCUUGUGGAGAGAUGCCAGAGGAAUAGAACCAAACGGCAAAUUAAUCUGGGUAGGGAUGGUCUGACUCACAACAUGCUGAACGACAUUCAUAAUCACUGGAAGCAUACAGAGGCUGUUCGGAUAAAGUGUCUUGGUGUGCCCACUGUUGACAUGAAAAAUGUCUGCAUUCAACUUGAGGAUAAAACUGGUGGGAAGAUCAUACAUAGACAGGGUGGUCUUGUUGUCUUGUACAGAGGGAGGAAUUAUAAUCCCAAGAAAAGGCCUAUUAUUCCAUUGAUGCUGUGGAAGCCCCAUGAACCUGUUUAUCCAAAGUUGGUCAAAACUGUGAUUGAUGGUUUGACAGUGGAAGAAACAAAGGAAAUGAGGAAGAGAGGCUUGGCAGUUUCACCUUUAACAAAGCUUGCGAAGAAUGGUUUUUAUGGUAGUCUUGUUCCGAUGGUCCGAGAUGCUUUCCUCGUAGAUGAGCUGGUUCGUAUAGAUUGCAAAGGCCUUGAGAGGAGUGACUACAAGAAAAUAGGCUGCAAACUAAGGGAUUUGGUUCCUUGUAUCCUUGUGACAUUUGAAAAGGAGCAGGUUGUUGUGUGGAGGGGGAAGAACUAUUGCCCAACAGGAGCAGGGGAGUUCCUUAGUGAUCGUGAAUACUUUGACAUUGGCCGAGGGAACUCCGACUCUGAAUGUGAGUUGCAUUCUUCUGACAGCAGAUCAGAGGCUUUGAUGCAGUGAAACAUUUGUCUGUGUGCUGAAUUGGAGGAUGCUCAAUGCUGCCGAUCAAGAUACACUAAUUUCAUCCCUGCUCCAGCCUCAAGCCAAGAGAGAAAGAAGAAGUGGAAGAUCUUGAGUUUCUAUGACUCACGAAAAUGUGAUGAGAUGAAUGGAAGAGGGCAUUUUAUGAGAUCUUUGCAGACUUAGGUUGUAAGCUUAAUAUGUUGUCAUUUAUCAGUCAUAGUAAUUAUUUCUCAAUAUCAAUUUAUCCGAGGAAAAGAAAAUCUGUUGAGGUAGCAUUUAAGUGAAUUGGAUUUUUUUUGAAACGGUUGAAUGAUUAAAGAAUCCCAUCACAUGAUUUUAAGUGUUCACAUGAAGCAAAUUGUAUAAUCCA